AUGUGGUACAGGCGCUCUCGCCUGUCAGCUGUUGCCUUGAUCGCGGCAGUUGGCCUGAUUGUCUGUCCAAUCGUGCUUGCAACCGACACAGACGCGGCGGCCCCUAUCGUCAAACGUUUAGCGCAGAGACCUGACUUCCAUGGACCACCACCUGGAGCUCCCACAGGAGCGAGCGAUUCGCCCGUGACGACGACAAGCACCGCACCGGUCACGACGAACACGACGCCAGUCACAACGUCAACCGCAGCAAUUUCAACUGCUACAACGUCGCCUGGACAGGCCGAGACGAUAGACAGCCAAGAAGUCUUCACCACAUCGAGCAGUCCUCCGAAUGACCUAGCGACAAUCUCACUUUUGGCCACAUCGCCAAAUGCGUCCACAGCAGGAGUCAUCGAUAGUACUAUUGGAUCUUACAUCUACAGCGGCCGCCCCGUCUUCACUGACCCGCCGCAUUCGAACACGGCAGGUCAAGGCGCUUCAGUCACGUCGAUUCCAGCAGUAACUAGUCAACCGAAGGACGGCCUGUCCACUGGAGCGAAGGCCGGCGUAGGAAUCGGCGCCGCGUUGGGAUUUGUUUUGAUUGGUGGUCUGGUGUUUGCCUUGUGCUUUCGUUUGCGACGAAAGCAAGCAGCUGGGAUACCUCAGUCCGGUAACAGCAGUGCAAUCCUGACCACUUCCGAGAAGGUGUCCGAGCCUGGUCCGGAUGUGAACCCCUUCGACCCAGGACAGACAAGCCAUCCAGCCUACGAGUCAACGAAUAACCGCAUCAGUGAUUCAUUGGGUCCGAGCAGAUUCUCGUACUUUGGGCAAGACGAAGAUGGUCCGAUGUACGUUGCCAUUCCAGCACAUUUAUCUGGACAGAAGCGUUGGAGUAAGACAUGA